UUCGAUUUUGUUUGUUGGCUUGAUUUGUUGAAUCACAUAUAUUCCAAGCAAAUUUCAACAGUGCACUUUAAACAGUAUUAUUAUCCCAUUAUCUACUGUUCCAAGAAAACAAACUCAUUCUUUCAAACCGCACUCCCAAAAACAUGCAAAUAUUGUGUGAAAUUUCAAAAACUUUCUGAAAUUUCUCAAAACUUUUCUGUUUGGAAACGACAAAAACUGCAGAAAAAGCCAAUCAAGAGGGAAGAAGAAGAGUAGGAGAGAGCCAGUGAGUGCUAUAAAUGAGGGUGGGAGGGAUUGGGUUCUGACAAAACCAAAGGCGUCCACGUGUCCACCUGCCCACCAAUCCUGGAACCGCACUCACUCUGGCGUAGCUGGCCCCUCUUCAUCUCCCUCCUGGCCUCCUCCCCCACUGAGCAUUUCUCUGUCCAUUUCAAGUUUCAGUCUUUCCUCAAGGCGUAAAAACCUCACUCCUUUUUCCUCUGCUGCCUUGCCUUUUCUGGAUACAACGAAGGUAAUCUGGGAAGGUUUUUGGCUUUUGCAGAUAUAAAGGUUUGUUCCUUGUGUGCUGUAUGAGGAUAAAGAUAUAGUGAAUCCAUUUCAUUCGACAACUUGUUUUAUGAAAAUGGAGUGGGAUGCUAAGUGGGGAUGGGAAAAGCUUGCUAUGCUUGGAUCCAAUGUUUGUGAAAGUCCCAAAAAGAUGCAAUUAGCAGGCUGGGGGUUAGUAGACGCUGCUGAAGUUGAUCCUGGAUCCUUUGGUUUCUCAGGAGAGGGCGGGGCCAGCAGUGGCAGCGGUGUAUACGGAUCUUCUGAAAAAAGCUCAGUUUCUGCUUCUACUGACUCAUCACUGAAGAAGGAUGGGAUGGAUUCAUCCAAGUUUACUUCUGAAGGCUUUCCAGGAGACUUUGAGAAGAAAAUGGAACAGUCCACAGCUGAGGUAUCUGUAGAACCGUUUAUUGGUCUGAAGCUUGGUAAGCGGACUUAUUUUGAGAGAAACUGUGGUGGAAACAACGUAAAGAGUGCAUUAAUGGUCAAGAUCCCUAUGUCGUUGACCCCUGUGGUUAAGAAACCGAAAUCAUCUUCUAGUCAGUGUGCACCCAUUCCAUACUGUCAGGUUGAAGGUUGCAAAAUUGAUCUUUCUUCCGCCAAAGAUUAUCAUCAGAAGCAUAGAGUAUGUGAUAUUCAUUCCAAAUGCUCAAAGGUCAUUAUAGCUGGUGUAGAGCGUCGGUUUUGCCAGCAGUGUAGCCGGUUCCAUGGCUUGUCUGAAUUUGAUGAAAAGAAACGCAGCUGCCGCCGUAGACUUUCUGACCACAAUGCCAGGCGCCGCAAGCCACUAUCUGGUCCCACCCAGUUUAGUUACAUCAAUGGUAGACCACAGAUGAAUUUUGUGAACCAAUUCACACUUUUGCCCUCUAGAACUACUGCAAAUUCAACCUGGGACAACAGUUGCACGCCCAACAUGAGUAAACUACAAGACAUGGCAGGGAUCCGGUUACCAAAUGCAAUCAAUGCAUCCAAGGGCACCAUAUCUGAGGUCUUCGAUCAAGGUGCCAAACAAUCUUGGUUCCCUUCAAGCGGAGGCACGAAACUGGAAGUUCCUCGUGCUCUCUCUCUUCUGUCAAGUACUUCCUGGGGUUCAUACCAACCUGAGUUGAUUUCACUUGAUAAUCACCCCCCAACUCUACCUGCUGCUAAUCAGUCCAGCUCAGUGGAGCCAUUGAUGCAUUCUGUCCCUCAAAGCCUACUCAUGUCUUCCCCAGAAUACCCGCAAGCUGAACAUCACUCUACUGAUUUUCAUGGACAUACCUUGGCAGAAAGUACUACCAGCGGUGGGCAGGUCCAGCUUUUUAAAGUUCCCCAUGACACAGACUUUUAUUUCAACUAGUCUGUGUUGAGUUUUUGAAAGUACUAUGAAAUCAUUCAUUCCCUGGUUUACUCUAACCUCUUUUUGUUCACUCAAGAAUCAAGAUGGUCUCUUCAAUCAAAAAAUGCUAAUAUGUUUUACUUUCAAAGUUAUGUGAAUUCCUCAUUUUAGAGUAGAGAGUUGGAAAAAAUUGAAGUUGAAGAAGACCAAGGCCAUCUGUCAUUAUUAAUUCGUUUGUUCUGCUUAUCAGUACAAUAAUUAGACUAAACAAAAUAAGUAGCCUUUGACUUGUGUAUUUGGUUGAAAUGGACUUGAGAUAACGCUUAUCCAUUGAGACAA